AUGGCUUCAUCGUCAUCGUCAACAACAAUAUUUGAUUUGUCGAAGGAUGAUUUGAGUUCAAUUCUGCAAACUUUAAAGCCAACAACUGAUGCGGCAACGGCAAAUUCGAUGUCUGUUAGUGAGCUACGAGCUCGUAUUACCGAAUGGCUAAUGCUAAAUGAUUUAUCAACAAUGCAUGAUUUCAAACAUUUGGAAAAUUCACAGCAAUGGAAAGUACCGGACAGAGCUGACCAUUGCAUAUCGUGUGGGAAAUAUACGGUCACAUCCAUCGCAAAAACCACAACUCCAAUAAUUGAUCAGCCAUUGACAAGUCGAGAAUCGUUGGUGUUUGUUGGACGAUCGACCAGUUUACCUUCAUCUGUCCUGCAGAUCAUAGAUUUCAACAAACCUCUGAAUUCAAAUAUCAUUUUGUAA